CUGUCUCGGGGCUCUGCUCCGCUGUGUCUCGGGGCUCUGCUCCGCUGUGUCUCGGGGCUCUGCUCCGCUGUCUCAGGGCUCUUGGCUUGCGUACUGUUACGUUUUGGUGACUCUUGUCUGGGGACAAUUAGUCAGAACUCCUGGGAUAGAGCCUGGCAAAAAAAAUAAAAAGCAUCUCUUCUCUCACCCCCUCGCCCUCCAUUGCCUAUGAUUGGUGACGGAGGGCCAGGCAGAGUGAAGACCCUAAAUGGCAUCCUAUUCCCUAUAUUGUGCACUACUUUUGAUCAGAAUCCCAUAGGGCUCUAUGCACAAUAUAGGGAACAGGUUGCUGUUUGAGACGCAGCCAGUGUGCAACAGAUGUUUCUGUAACUGCUCAGAGAACACCAGAGGUAGCAUGAGGCCAGGAAUGUGAAUGAGCAAGAGUCAUUGUACAAAAAGAGGAAACUGUUGGGCAUGUGGGUGUAUGUUAUGAUGAACACUUUUCUUGGAAUGUGACCAAUGAGAGAGAGACACUACAGUCUACUGCCAGCCCUGUGGCUGUUUGUUGUCACUCUGCCAUGUUUGUUCCUAUGUAACGAGAGAACAUGGUGCUGGAGGUGUCAAGGAGGAUUAGGUCAGUCUGACAGAACAGGGUGCUGGAGGUGUCAAGGAGGAUUAGGUCAGUCUGACAGAACAGGGUGCUGGGGGUGUCAAGGAGGAUUAGGUCAGUCUGACAGAACAGGGUGCUGGAGGUGUCAAGGAGGAUUAGGUCAGUCUGACAGAACAGGGUGCUGGAGGUGUCAAGGAGGAUUAGGUCAGUCUGACAGAACAGGGUGCUGGGGGUGUCAAGGAGGAUUAGGUCAGUCUGACAGAACAGGGUGCUGGGGGUGUCAAGGAGGAUUAGGUCAGUCUGACAGAACAGGGUGCUGGAGGUGUCAAGGAGGAUUAGGUCAGUCUGACAGAACAGGGUGCUGGAGGUGUCAAGGAGGAUUAGGUCAGUCUGACAGAACAGGGUGCUGGAGGUGUCAAGGAGGAUUAGGUCAGUCUGACAGAACAGGGUGCUGGGGGUGUCAAGGAGGAUUAGGUCAGUCUGACAGAACAGGGUGCUGGGGGUGUCAAGGAGGAUUAGGUCAGUCUGACAGAACAGGGUGCUGGAGGUGUCAAGGAGGAUUAGGUCAGUCUGACAGAACAGGGUGCUGGAGGUGUCAAGGAGGAUUAGGUCAGUCUGACAGAACAGGGUGCUGGGGGUGUCAAGGAGGAUUAGGUCAGUCUGACAGAACAGGGUGCUGGGGGUGUCAAGGAGGAUUAGGUCAGUCUGACAGAACAGGGUGCUGGAGGUGUCAAGGAGGAUUAGGUCAGUCUGACAGAACAGGGUGCUGGAGGUGUCAAGGAGGAUUAGGUCAGUCUGACAGAACAGGGUGCUGGAGGUGUCAAUGAGGAUUAGGUCAGUCUGACAGAACAGGGUGCUGGAGGUGUCAAGGAGGAUUAGGUCAGUCUGACAGAACAGGGUGCUGGGGGUGUCAAGGAGGAUUAGGUCAGUCUGACAGAACAGGGUGCUGGAGGUGUCAAGGAGGAUUAGGUCAGUCUGACAGAACAGGGUGCUGGAGGUGUCAAGGAGGAUUAGGUCAGUCUGACAGAACAGGGUGCUGGAGGUGUCAAUGAGGAUUAGGUCAGUCUGACAGAACAGGGUGCUGGAGGUGUCAAGGAGGAUUAGGUCAGUCUGACAGAACAGGGUGCUGGGGGUGUCAAGGAGGAUUAGGUCAGUCUGACAGAACAGGGUGCUGGAGGUGUCAAGGAGGAUUAGGUCAGUCUGACAGAACAGGGUGCUGGAGGUGUCAAUGAGGAUUAGGUCAGUCUGACAGAACAGGGUGCUGGAGGUGUCAAGGAGGAUUAGGUCAGUCUGACAGAACAGGGUGCUGGAGGUGUCAAGGAGGAUUAGGUCAGUCUGACAGAACAGGGUAUUGUAUGGGCUGUGGUGCUGGAGGUGUCAGGGAGGCCCAGUCUGAGGAUGAUACCACAUGGUAGGGGCUAUAGUAGGGUGGGAUUUGGCCCAGGCAUCUGAUGGAACAGUUAGACUGGUGUUGGUGACCUUGUACCACUCACUCAUGGUUAGACAAUGUUCCUCAGAAAUAACCUGUUGCAUAAAAAUGUUGAAAGAAAAUAAAAUGAGACAUUUACUGUGACUAUCAGCUGAGAGUAUUUAUAUUCAACCUCUCUUUGAAAGGCAACACACUGCAAAUAUUGUCUCCUGAAAAAUCCGCUAAAUGUUGUGAGAAUGCUUACUAUGCAAUGAAUGUGCAGAGCCCAGUUACAGUGAAGUGGAGGAACAGGCUUGUUUAAUUUUAU